CAAGGAGAACUAUCAAAAAUUGGUUGUGAGUUUUGAAAGAAAGAACCAACUGUGACAUCUGGGCUUCUGGCUCAGGAGGUGCCGUUUCCCUAGAUGGGAAUAUGAUGGAAAGAAGGUUGGCUAGUGUGAAGAGUCAGAUCGAGAGAAUGAUCAACCGCAUCACACUUUGACCACCAUGGCUUAACCAUCCAUUCCUCCUGCUCUUGGCCCCAGCUCCUCUUCUAUUGAAACCUGAAGCUCAUGUCAGGACCCUGGAGACAGACUGAGCUUGCUUCCUGAAGGGACCUUUGGGAAAGAGGACCCAGAAGAGCACCCCAGGAUUGAUCCCAGAACAUCUCAUCAUCUGAAGAUGCUGGCAGAAGAACUUGUGUGUUCUCUGGUUAGAAGCCGCCAAGCCUGGAGAGAAGCUUGUGCCUGCAGCUGACCUGCUUCGAGGAUGAUGCGAAUUUCAUUGUUCCUACCUCUCCUCAGGGAGAGCAACCGGACUGCCUGCAUGCCCUCCCGGAUUUGGUGCCAUAUGCUACUGUGGACAGCUGUGCUGAGUGUUGUUGCUGGGACACAUGCGGAUCUUCCCAAGGCUGUGGUGAAACUUGAGCCCCCGUGGAUCCGGGUGCUCAGGGAAGACCUUGUGACCCUGAAGUGCGAGGGGCCCCACAACCCCGGGAACUCUUCCACCCAGUGGCUCCACAAUGGGAGCUCCGUCCCGAGCCAGGUCCAGCCCAGCUACAAGUUCACAGCCGCGGUCAAUGACAGCGGAGAAUACCGGUGCCGGAUGGAGCGGAGCAGCCUCAGCGACCCUGUACAUCUGUAUGUGAUUUCCGACUGGCUGCUUCUCCAGACUCCUCAACUGGUGUUUGAGGAAGGGGAAACCAUCGUGUUAAGGUGCCACAGCUGGUUGAACAAACGCCUGAACAAGGUUACAUUCUACCAGAAUGAAAAAGCUGUGAAAUUUCAUCAUUACAAUGACACGUUCUCCAUCUUAAAAGCCAACCACAGUCACAGUGGCGACUACUACUGCAAAGGAUUUCUAGGAAGUCGAUAUCAGUUGUCCAAGCCUGUGACCAUCACUGUCCAAGGGCCCAAACCCAGCGGUUCUUUACCAGUAUUGACAAUCAUAGCGGCUGUCACAGGAAUUGCUCUCGCGGCCAUUGUUAUUAUCACAGUAUCCUUGAUCUAUCUCAAGAAAAAAAAGGCUCCAGCUCUCCCAGGAAACCCUGAUCACAGGGACAUGGGAGAAACCCUUCCUGAGGAGCUAGGUGAGUACACUGAGCCCGGUGAGAGCUCAGUGCCAGUCAGCCCAGGGCCUCCACGCGGACUGGAGCCAGCAAGCAGCAGCUCGUACAAUCCUUCUGAUCCUGAAGAAGCUGCCAAAACCGAGGUUGAGAAUUCAAUCACCUAUUCCCUUCUCAAGCAUCCCGAAACUCUGGAUGAAGAAGCGGAUCCUGACUACCAGAACCACAUUUAAUCUUCCUUGUCUUGGUUUGGGAUUGGGAAAAGAGAACCAGAGAGGCCAGACUCUAGUGUCUCCUGGUCAAAGGGAUGCUGUACAUAUUACUCACCUGUGUGAGUCCUGAAACCAACAGACACUACGCUACUGGUCCCCAGUGGUUGACUGUACUAAUAAAGACCAUGAUUUACUGCUUCCCAACUCAAGACUCUUCUGCUAUAGAUCCACACGGCCAAUGAAAUUAAUCAACUUACUGUCUUUAAGAGACUGCGGCAAUGUGGGAAGUGCUUAUAUUACAGGCUAUAUGUUAGAAUGUCUGAUCUCAGCAAGGAAAAACUAGACUUGUACCAAACAUGUCAAAAAGUGAUGCUUCAGGUUGCUGGAAUGAUAAGCAACUUUAGUCUUCUUCCUUGUAUUUCUAUAAAGGUCACAUGUUACUUUUAUAGUAAAAUACUGUAAAAACAACUUUCUGUUUACUUUUUCAGGGCUGUAGUGAUUGGCGUGUAGUCUGAGCUCUCUGGGGGUUCUGCUGGGCUUCUGGGAGGAGGAUCUUGGGGAGAUGGGUUAACUUUGCCCUGGGGAGACAAAAGCAUCUCAGAUAGGACACUCAUGACAAAACAAAGCAAUGAUUAUACCCAAAUCUAGCUUGGUGCAUGAGUGAGUUUACUGGACUAACUUAUGGGAACAUGGGUGAGGGGUUCUUGACAGGGGUGUGGGUCACCUUGAAAGAGCAGUCUUAGCACAGAGGACAACGUCUUUACAGUUGCAUGGAUGGUGCUCUCCCCAAACCUUCAUUUAUUUGAUCUUCCUCAAACCCUCAGGCCUGAGGCCUCUGCCUCCAGAGCUCCCACAGUGACAGGCAUGCACUACGAGCCUCACACCCAGCCCGGUAGGAGCAGACAGGAGGUAGGGUAGAGAGCAGAUGGUGAUUUGGAGUAGAGGGCAAGUGCCCCUCUGCUUCACACUGACCACUCUUCUGGUGAAUUUAUCGUCUUGUUUCCAUGCCUCCUCCUUCCUCCUCUGACAAAGUAGAAUAAUCACUCUGUGGGUUUUUUGUUUCUUUGUUUGUUUUUGUUUUUGUUUUUGUUGAGGCAGGGUUUCUCUGUGUAGCCUUGGCUGUCCUGAACUCUCUUUGCAGAAAGGCUGGCUUCAAACUCACAGAGAUCCACCUGCCUCUGCUCCCCCUGAGUGCUGGGGUUACAGGCUUGCGCCACCAUGCCCAGACAAUCACUCUGUUAUGUAACAGGAAAUUAAACUUCAGAAGAAUGGGAGCAGGAACUGAAAGAUGGCCUUGAACUGAUCUUCCUGCUUCUCUGUUUCAGUUGCUGGGAUUAUAGGCAUGUGCCACCAUACCCAGCUGCUACAUGUACUUUUAAAAUCAGAUCACCCCAGGGAUGUUAGCAGAGACUGAUGUAUCAACCAAGGACCGUGAAGGGAGAGGACCUAGACCCCCCUGCUCAGAUGUAGCCCAUGGGCAGCUCAGUCUCCACGUGGGUCCCCAAGUAAGGGGAGCAGGGGCUCUCUCUGACAUUACUUGGUUGCCUGCUCUUUGAUCACUUCUCCCUGGCCAGUCGACCUUGCCAGCCCACAGAGGAAGAGGAUCGAGGCAGUCCUGAUGAGACUUGAUAGGCUGGAGUUAGAUAGUAGGGGAGGAGGGCUCCCCCUUUCAGUGGAUUAAAGGGGGGGGAGAGACCAGGAGGAGAUGAGGGAGGGGGUUACAAUCAGGAUAUGAAGUGAAUAAAUUAUAAAAAAAUAAAAAUAAAAUCGGGUCACUUUAUAUAUUUUUGUAUGUUCACAAAAUCACUCAGGCAGAAAUUUAAGCAUGCUGGAACUACAUGUUCCGGGAGCAGACAUAUAAGGGACAAAAGAGCAGAAGUCCUGUGAUGUCCUCAUUCCCCUUAAUUCUGCUCACACUCUCGCUCUCUCAAAUGAAGAACCGCCGUUGGAGCUGCUGUGUACAUUUGGAUGUAUAUUUACUAUAUUAUAGCUUUUAGAAAGCCUACACCUGAGAUACUUUACACAUGAUUAUGUUGUUGACUCAUUUUGGCGGGGUCUUUCCAGGGUCGUUGAGAGAACCCAUCUCACAGGAUUAAGCCAAGAGAGACAGAGCAGGACACCCAGUGUUUUCCUUUGACCCCUGCACACCCACACAUAGGCACUCCCCCACGUGUGUGCGUACAAAAGACACAUAAAUAACAUAAAUAAAUUAAUAAAUAAGAAUAGAAGAUACUCUCUCCAGAAUUUCUGCUUUGAGCUUCCUGAUAACCAAGACACCUUGCGUGGCUCUUAGUGGUUUAGUCCAAACACACAGAAAAAUAAGGUCAUUUGACACCACGGAGAAUGCAUCUGGAAGUUCUUGUAUUACUAAUGUGCACCUUUAAAUAAAAGCCUUACAUGUCCCAAGGAAUCUAGUGUGUCUUUUCUCAGAUCCUCUUUAGCAAGCCUUCUCCUGACCAUCGCCAUUACUUUGUUUUUAUUUUCUCAGUGGUACAGUGUAGGUAAAUUAUGUAUCUUCUUGUUUAUAUAUUCUCAUAUGUACUAAAAUGUAAGCGCGAUACUGUCCUUUGUUUUCGUUAUUCACUAAUGUACUCCAGAGACCAGAACGAUAAUAUGUUAGGUUGUUGAAUGAGUGCAUGAAUAAAGCUUUCCUCUCGUA